CAAAACAACACCUUUCUUCUUCUCCUUCCUCUCCGUUUCCGCAGAACCUCCCCUCUGCUUCCACCAAAUUCACACGCGGAUCUGCCAAAAAGCUUCCUACUCCUACUACCAUCACUCAAGCGGAUCCGCAUCUCUUUCUUCCUAUUUUCUCUUCCCUCACUCACACGGAGCCGCUCCAGAACCAGAUCUGGUUUCGGUGGAAGGAUGUCUGACUCCGACCAUUCCGGCGGCGAAGAGGAAGUGGUCGCCAGCAGAGGAAGAAGGAGAGGGCGGCAAGCUCGCGGAGCCGGAGCCGGCCGAUACCGAGUUCCUAGACUCAUAGACCCUUAUUCCAUGAGGCCACCACCUUCAGUAAUUGAUACAGCUCCGAUUGAUUCGGAACUUCUUUGGGCACAUGGUCAACAUCGUGCCGAUACAGUUUGGCAAAACGAGGCUGGUGAUCGACCUUAUCAUAUUCGAGGUACGACCCGUAUAGUCACGUACCAUCCACAUUAUCGGACGUACCUCAUCGAGGCGGGCUUGUUUAGUGUUCAGCAAUUGGUCCCUAUGACUGCUGAUUCAUGUUUGAUCACUGCGCUCGUAGAGCGUUGGAGACCUGAGACAUCGACCUUUCACUUGCCGUUUGGUGAGGUUACGAUCACCUUAGAGGACGUUGCGACACUAACUGGUCUACCGAUCGACGGUGAUCCCGUCAUAGUAGACAUACCAGAUGAGGAGUGGUCGGCGAUAUGCGUGAGACUGUUAGGACAGACUCCUACUGAACUUUCCGGCGGAGUUGUUAGGAUUAGUUGGCUAAGGGAUGAAUUCAAUCGUCUGCCGGCAAAUGCAUCAUCAGAGACUACACAGCAGUAUGCACGGGCUUAUGCUCUAUCUCUUAUGGGAGGUGUAUUGUUUCCUGAUCGGUCUGGUGGUACGGUUCAUCUGCAGUACCUACUCUUGGUGGAGGAUUGGCAGAGAGCUGGACGGUUCGCCUGGGGAGCAGCUGUUUUAGCCUACUUGUAUCGUGAGAUGGGUAGGUCUGUUCUGUACAUGACGCAGUCCUCUUCCCUAGGAGGUGACCUUGGUGGAUGGGUCCCCUUACUGCAUCUUUGGGCGUGGGAGCGAUUUCCACAGAUAGCACCACGACAUAUAGAGACGAGUGAGCCUAUUACCGAGGACACAUACCCACGUGGUGCUCGAUGGCUUCCGGCCAACACACGUCAGCACGGAAACGAGUUAUACCAGUACAAGUUGUUUUUUGACGAGCUGUCGACCAUUGUGUGGUGUCCUUACUCAGCGAGAGACGAGCAGUUCAGAGGUAGUGUGAUCCGAUCAGAUACGUUUCGCGCAAUAGUUCCACUGAUAUGCUUUUCAGCAGUGAUGUGGCACUAUCCAGAUCGUGUGCUCCGACAGUUUGGCAUGCUGCAGAAUGUGCCUCAUCAACCACAUAGUGAGUUUGAGAUUAGGUAUUUCCUUCGCCAGACAACUCGUGGGCCAUCGCGUGGGCAACAACUGUUACACGUCUAUAGAGAGUCUCUUGAUUUGUGGAGUCGUCGACAUGAGUAUAUAGCGACUAUGCCAUUCAGCGAGGAGACUUUAGCCUACCACUCGGAGUAUCUAGAGUGGUAUCGAGAUGUUACCAGACGUGCAAUCACCCGGAGAGGAGCUGUAAUGAACGCAGUGUACGACAUCAUGGAGUACGCUGAGAUGAUUUUACGUGAUGGAGUACGGAAUGGAGGGAUGUCCACUGAUCAGACGAUAGAGUUGGCUAACAUGAUGGCAGCAGGGAUUGCUGCUUUAGGUAUGGAUGAGCGCCGACAUCCUGAUGUGACAGUACCUGUACAGAGGUAUCCUACUGAGCAUAGCCUUCUCAUAUGGCCGGAGCGUACGGAUCCGACACCGGGCUGGGGCGUGCCAGAGCCACAAUUCAGGCAGGAGCCCAGGAGGAGACAACGACGUGAUCAGCGCGGCGUACCUCACCCAGUGAGGAUUUCAGAUCGACAGCGAGUACAGCCUGUUCGACACACUUACAGCUCACAGCUCGUCCGACCUACUCCUACCUUCCAGACGCAGUUUCAGCCAGGCACUUCUUCUGCCUUUCAGCCAGGCACUUCUUUGGCCUCUCAGCACCCAAACAUUAAUGAUUUUGUGCCAUAAAAUUGAAAAGAACAAUCAAGCUAUCAACAUCCACAAUAGACAUCGCAUAAUGAAAUAGAACACUAUUC